AUGCCGGUCGCGCCGGCGGCGUGCCCGCGCGGCCGGCGGCGGGCUCCGGGCGCCGCGGCGGCCCUCGCCGCGCUCGCCGCGGCGGCCGGCGGCCCGGCGGCGGCUGCGGCCUCCGCGCUGGCCGCGGGCGUGGCGCGGCGGCAGCGGCGGGGCGGGCCGGCGGCGCGGCGGCGGGCGAGCCUGGUGGAGAAGCUGCGGAAGAAGGCCGACAGGGAGAAGCCCGCGCUGAGGGACUUCGGCGCCGCGGGGGCCGCCGCGGGGGACUUCGACCUCUUGGAUAUGACGCCCUCGGACGCGGCGGACAUGAACGACCUCCAGCUGGAGUGGUUCCCCGAGGAGUCCUACCCCGACGGGGUGCCGUGGUGCGAGCGGCUCCUCGCGCACGACGGCGUCGUCGCCAUCAAGGCGUGCCUGCCGGACGACCCCCAGCGGAUGGCCAUGGGCUUCGCGGUGGUGUUGUGCACGCGUGGGGCGAUGGAGGACUUUUUGAUGAAGCCCACCGUUGACACGCUGCGGCAGGAGCUCACUUGCAAGUACUACAUACCCUUCGACGCCCCUUCGCGGCGCGAGCUGGGCUAUGUGCUCAGCGUCGGGCUGGUCGGCGAGUUGCGCGGGCGCGGCCUUGCGGCCGCGCUGCUGCGGAGGGCGCUGGGGGAGGCGCAGGCACGGGCGCCCGAGGGCGUCAGGGCCUUUGCCCUGGACGUUGCGGACUACAAUGCCGCGGCCGUCCGGUACUACGAGCGGGAGGGGUUCCGUUUCGUCAAGGAGCAGCCCGACACGUAUGCCGGGGACGGCCGGCGGACGCACAGCGCGAACUUGUACGCCAAGCUCGUGGACGUGCCCCAAGGCUGA